AUGGUGAACCAUAUCUUAAACCCUCAAAGACUGGUACAACUGGCUGGGUUUCAUCCUAAGCUGAAGAAAUUCUGGUAUUUAAUCGCAGCUACCACGCUAAGUGCAUGCAAUGAGCCACAGGAACUUCAAAGACUGUACCAUUUCGCCAUGCUCAAUGAGACACAGCCGGAAGAAGCCUUUAAAAAUGCUAUAAGAACUACGGAGCUCUUGCAAAACAGUCCGACGAAACUGGAAUCGGAGCUCGACAACAUGUACGGUGAACCUGGGAACAUGCAAAAGCUCAUGAGCCAGAAGCUACGUGAAGCUCUGCUAAAGAGCAGUGCUUUAACAGGAAUUCCUAAAUCAAUCAACGGGCUCCAGGCCUUGAAACUAGUUACGCCUCGAAAGCUCAAGCCCAUCACUGAGGAUAUCGAUGCGCACAGUGGCAGACUGUUUGAAGGUACAAUGAGGCCCACUGAUGCAGCACCGGAUCAUACCGUGGAAUGUGGUAUUCAUCAUUGGAACCAGAUUUACAGCAAAGUCUCAAACAAGGUGGUUAAUAAUCUGAACUCAUCAUAUCCAGAUCUUUGGCAGUUUGUGCUCUGUAAUGUUUACGGGCCGCUUCUGUCAUUUGACGAGAUCCUAGACGCACAAGAAACCAGCUUGGUCAUAAUUGCAGCUCUGGUUCCUCAAGACUUGAACGCACAACUGUGGGGGCAUUUGAAGGGCGCUCUGAAUGUCGGAUGCGAUCAAGAGACGGUAGGUGCAGCAAGAAACCUCAGUAUUACUGUUUCUAAAUGGUGCGGGAUACGAUGGAAAUCGGACAUUGUGAAGUUAUGA